AAAAGAGCAAAUAGUGGCUACUUCUCUAUUCCAUAUAAGGGGACAAACCACCCCACAACCCAUUUCUUCAUUCUAUACUCUCUAAAUAAAUCAACUCCACUUAACAAAACCUCUGCAUUCAACUCUUCUUUCUCCUUCACUUACUCUAAUCUAAUCAAUUUGGAAGGAAAAAAUGGAGCAAUGUAGCCCUUUUGGCUGGGUUUACUACAAUGAAGACGAGGGAAUGAUGGGUGAGAUGAGACAGUACAUUUUGCAAUCAAGGAUGGAGUUAGAGGCAACAGUUAUAGCUGCUCAAGAAGAAAUCAUGAAAAAAGAAGAGGAAUUGAUGCACAUGAAAGAUCUCUUGAUGAUGACUAUUAAGGAAAGAGAUGAAGCUCAAUCAAAAUCCCAAAAGCUAAUGCUUGAAAAGCUGCUGCUACAACAGCAACUGCAGCAGCAGCAGCGACAGCCGCAACUGCAACCACAUCAGGAAAGCCUGCAGCAUCAGCAGCAGCAGCAGCAACAGCAGCAAAAAUCUGCUGCUGCUGCGGCGGCUUCUUUGUCUAAUACUAACACAACAACUAACUGUUUUUCCUCAUCAUCUUCUGAGUGUGAGGAGAGCAGCAUAAUCUCUUCCCCACACGGUGGUGGUACUAACUCCCCUGCCUUAACACAACCACAACAACAACCAGCAUUACCACCACAAAUAGCAGCAACACUAGCCAGCAAUCGCCGCCCAUUACCAGAAAAAGGGAAGCUCUUAAAGGCAGUCAUGGAGGCAGGGCCAUUACUCCAAACACUCCUAUUAGCGGGCCCGCUUCCUCAAUGGCAACACCCACCUCCUAGACUUGACUCCAUUGAAAUUCCACCAGUCACCAUUACCAACUCUAACUCCCCUACAAAAAGGGGGUUAGAUCAUUUUGAUUACUCAAUGAUUCCCUCCCCUAAGUACCAAAGAGUUGUUUAGUAUUGACUUUUACUGCUAUUAGUAGUUAGAUUAGUACUAUUUUUAGUGAGAUGCUUGUCAAAGUUUGAUGUUAGUUUUUAGCAAAAAAAAAAAUACCCAUCCUUUUUUUUUUUUUUUCCCUUUCCACACUAGUGAACAUGUAAAGAGAGACUAGUGUCGGAGAUGGAUGGUUAAUUUACUUAAUUACCCUUUUACUUUACCAUCCUAUCAUUUAGUUGGGUUGGUUUAGGUUCUUGUAAAAUAUAGUUUGUCUUAGACAAAUUAGGAGAAACAUGUCCUAACUUCUCCCUUGAAAGGGAAAGAAAGGGAGAAAAAAUGAUACAAAAUAUCAUCAAGUCUAACCACCACUUAUAUUGUUGUGUGGUGGUGGUGACUUUUACCUCUUUUUUUUCUUCUUAAUUUUCUUAAUUUUUUUUCCUAAUUUUGGUAAUGUAAUGUAAUAUGCUUGAUACUCCCAUUCAAAGGAGAUAUGGGAGGGGGGCCAUCUUGGAUUUAUGAACAAGAUUUGGCUUUUGGCUUUUUUUUCCUUCUUCACUAAUUUUUAAUUAGUGUGUAUGUUUUUAUAUGUAUGUAUCAUUAUGUCAAACACAUGGUGAUGUACAUGAUGAUUUGGGGGUUGUAAUGAGAAGAAUCAUCAAAGAAGAUUUUUACCUAAUUAUAUAAUA